ACCUAGAUUUUAAUUUUAAAUAUGCCUAUCAUGACACAUAUAGCUCUUUUAUGUGAAUCAAAUCAUUGUUUGAGGACCAAUUCAGGAUGAGGUAAUGCUAACAAUACCCAUGCGCCCGAAAUUGCGCGAGCUCUUUUCUUCAUGUUGGCCAGGAACCCCCGCGCCUAAGCAGAAGCAGAUCCCCGCCGCGGUAUCCAUUCUUUUCAAUAAUUUCCUCGUUGUGCUUUGCUUUCUUUGCUUUUCCUCGUAUUCAUUGGACAAUUUCAUUGCUUGGCUUGUCAUAGUCAAUCCAUUCCAUUGUCUGGCAUAUUUUGCUCUACCUAGUCUUCUCACCCCUUCACAUCACCUUUAGAUUUUCACUGUCGCAUCAUGUCGCAGGAAAUCCAGCCCACCAACAAUGACCAUCUGGUCCAAUCUGAUGACCCAGAGCACCCUGCGAACAAAAUCCCUGAUCUGUGCCGCAGAUUUUACAACUUGGGAUGGGUUACAGGCACUGGUGGUGGUACUUCCAUUCGCCGUGACAACCAUAUCUUCAUUGCGCCUUCGGGUGUCCAAAAGGAGAUGAUGAAGCCUGAGAACAUCUUUGUUCUUGACUUCCCCACCCCCAAGUACCCUCCCUCCGACCGCAAAUAUAUUCGCAAGCCCCUCGACUUGAACCCAUCCGCCUGUACCCCUCUGUUUCUUUCUGCGUUUGAGCGUGGUGCUGGCUGCUGCAUCCACACUCACUCGCAGUGGGCAGUCCUGGUGACGCUCUUGGUUGAGCGCGAAAAGGGCCCCGGCGGUUACUUUGAGAUCAGUAACAUUGAACAAAUCAAGGCUGUUCCCCGUGGCAAGGGCAAGGGCCAGAUGGGCUUCUUCGAUACGCUCCGCAUUCCUAUUAUUGAUAACACUGCAUUCGAAGAGGAUCUGACGGGAAGCUUGGAGAAAGCCAUGGAGGACCACCCGGAUACCUAUGCCGUCUUGGUGAAGAGACAUGGAAUCUACGUCUGGGGUGACAAUGUCACAAAGGCGAAGACUCUUUGUGAGAGCUUAGAUUACUUGUUCCAGCUUGCCGUGGAGAUGCACAAGCUGGGACUCCCAUGGGUUAAAUAAACGGGUUGACACGGAUGUGGUGUUGAACCAUGGUCUAUUGACUAUAACGACGAAGAUAUGAUGUUUGAUGAUGUGACUGACGAGGAAUUUCCGAAAAGCUAGUAUAUAAAGAUGAUGAGAUAUUGAAAAUACACGUUACUGCGUGGAUUGCUCAUGCUUAUAGAUGGUUCACUAGCCUAUAUCUGUCACUUGAUGGUUGAUAACAAUAACAUAACUAUGAAAUUGCUUAAUUAUGCACUU